AUGAAAGUCCAUUAUAUUAAUAUAUUAUUGUUUGCUCUUCCAUUAAAUAUAUUGAUAUAUAAUCAAAGGAACCAUAAAAGCACCACACAUCAUACAUUAAAAAUACCAAUCACUAGAUUAUUAUGCGAGUGCGACAUAUAUACAUCCAUUUAUGAUAAUGACCCACAAAUGAAAGAAGUUAUGGAUAAUUUCAAUCGUCAAACACAACAGAGAUUUCAUGAAUAUGACGAAAGGAUGCAAGGUAAGCGCCAAAAAUGUAAAGAUAAAUGCGAUAAAGAAAUCCAAAAAAUUAUUUUAAAAGAUAAAUUAGAAAAAGAAUUAAUGGACAAAUUUGCCACACUACACACAGAUAUGCAAAGUGACUCUAUUCCAACAUGUGUUUGCGAAAAAUCAGUCGCAGAUAAAGUGGAAAAAAAUUAUAUGAAAUGUACACAAAAUUUGGGAGGGAUUGUUGCACCCUCUUCAGGAGUAUUAGCAGGAAUUGCUGAACUUGGACUAAGUGCGUGGAAAACUACGGCACUUAAGACUGCUAUUGCAGCUGCCGAACAAGCAGGUGCUGCUAAGGGUUUGGCUGCAGGUGCUGCUAAGGGUGCGACUAGACUUAUUGAAUUAAUACAAUCAACAUUUAAGAUACAAAAUAUAGCUGGUAAGUCAUUGGGGACAUUUAUUGAUGCAACAAAUUAUAAUAAUGGCCCAUUCAUUUAUCAAGCUAUUUAUACAAAAUUUGAAAUGUCGUUGUGUCUACCUGUUUUUCCUGGGGUUGAUCCUGUCCCUGGCGCUGUCCGUGAUCCGACUUUUUGCAAUUUGUUUGAGAAAUUUGUACCUACAAAUGGUUCUUCAAAUAGAGAUUCAAUAAUAAAUGCUAUAGAAACAUAUGUACAACCUUUCGUCUCAGAUGCCAAAUUUACUGCUGCAGCAACUGCAGAAACGGCUACUGAAGAAGCUACUGCUGUCCUCAUAACGAAAAAGACCGGUGAGGUAACUACUACAUAUGCUAGUUAUCAGACUGCUAUUAUUGCUUCCAUCGUUGCAAUACUGGUAAUCGUUUUGGUUAUGAUAAUUAUUUAUUUGAUUUUACGUUAUCGACGAAAAAAAAAAAUGAAGAAAAAACUCCAAUACAUAAAACUAUUAGAAGAAUAG